AUGGAACAUCCAGCUUGGACUUUAUCGGGGUUAUGUGUUAUUGGUGGCUCGAUGGGUUAUCUACGUAAGAAAUCUGUCCCAUCGUUAGCUGCUGGCUUAAUAUUUGGUGGUAUUUACGCUUAUUCUGGUUACUUACUACACAAUAAUGCUGAUAAUGGCUUAGAAUUAGCCUUAGGCGCUUCCUCAGUUUUGUUUGCCACUGGUUUGAUACGUGGUUUCCCUUCUAGAUUCACUAAACCUGUUCCAGUGGUUCUAACUGUCUUGGGUGGCUUAGGUUCCCUUUAUUAUUACAAAAAGUACAAGGAAUUUUAUCCAUGA